AGCAGAAGGAGCUGUGCUGCUUCCAAAGCAGCAUCUCUGGAGGCUGGUGAGAAGAAAGAGCCCUGGCUGGGCAGUGGGGUCCAGGAGUCUCUUGAUGCGCUUUGGGACUGCUCUUCCUCCGGAUCGGGGAUGCAUGCAAGCCUUGCAGAAGAGAGCCCUGGAUCUGCUUGCCAGAACCUGACUGGGAGGAGGACCGCCUUGGAGAAAGUGGUACCCAAGCGAGCGCCCUCUGAUGGAGGACCCCUCUAAUGACACCCAGAGCCCUUUUGAUGAGCAGCAGCCACUGCUGGAGGAGAGGCUCAGUGGCAGUAACACCAGCAGCACCAGCACCAGCAGAAGCCUGAAGGUGCUUUCCGGAGUCUUGUUGUCGCUUCUGGUGCUGAGCACCUUGGCCGGCAACAGUCUUGUCUGCCUGGCCGUUGUCCGCUUCCGCCACCUCCGGGCCAAGGUCACCAACUGGUUUGUGCUGUCGCUGGCUGUCUCCGACCUCUGCGUGGCCCUCCUGGUCAUGCCCUGGAAGGCAGUCACUGAGGUGGCCGGGGGUGUCUGGCUCUUCGGGAGCCGCUUUUGCGACACCUGGGUGGCUUUUGACAUCAUGUGCUGCACGGCCUCCAUCUUCCAUCUCUGCAUCAUCAGCUUGGAUCGCUACUGGGCCAUCGCCAGCCCCUUCCGCUAUGAGCGGCGGAUGACCCAAGGACUGGCAUCUGCCAUGAUUGCCCUGGCCUGGGCCCUCUCAAUCCUCAUUUCCUUUAUCCCUGUCCAGCUCCACUGGCACAAAGCUGAGGAAGAUAGGAGCCUUGAUCCUCCACUGACGCCACCAUCACAACACUGCGAUGCAAGGCUCAACCGGACAUAUGCUGUCACCUCCUCCUUGAUCAGCUUCUACAUCCCCGUGUCCAUCAUGAUUGGGACCUACACCCAGAUCUACCGUAUUGCUCAGGCUCAGAUCCGCCGCAUCUCCUCUCUGGAAAGGGCAGGAGGGCUCAGCUCGGCCCAAGGGAAAGAGCCAACCUCUUCUCUGAGGAGCUCGCUCUGCAAGGAGACCAAGGUUCUCCAGACCUUGUCCAUCAUCGUUGGGGUCUUUGUUUGCUGCUGGCUGCCCUUCUUUCUCCUCAACUGCCUCUUGCCCUUUUGUGAGUUGAGGCCAGAUAGCAGUGGGGGCCCGGCCCAGGACUCUUGUGUCAGCCAAACCGUCUUCAAUGUUUUCAUGUGGUUUGGCUGGGCUAACUCAUCGGUCAACCCUGUGAUCUAUGCUUUCAAUGCAGACUUCAGACGGGCCUUUGCCAGCCUCCUGGGGUGCCGGGGCCACAGCCUCCCUUGUCGGGUUGCCAACAGCUCAAUCGUUGAGAGAGUCAACUUGAGCAAUGAGCUGGUGUCCUAUCACCACAACUCUUCUUGUCACAAGGGUGGAGGCAUCCCAGCUCCAUUGCAACUACCUGCCAUUGGUGCUUGGAGUCAGUCACCACCCCAUACAGUGGAUUUCCAAGGAGAGGAAGAGAGCUGCGGAAGACCCCUGUUAGAGGAAGAGAGGCCACCAUCUUGUCUAGUCACUCACAGCAGUGAUUCUAGAAAUCUUGACCGGCCAGUUUUGCUCCCCUUUGAAUGUGAGACUGAGAUAUCUUUGGAGACUCUUAUUCCCUUUACAGAAACGGCUGGACCUUAGAAUCUUUACAGAACCCCAACUCAGAACUAGGGCCCAGAUAUACAUAUAGAUGGAUGGAACCACCUUACAGCCUUAGAGGAAUGAGGAUGCAGAGGAGCAUUAUAAGAAAAGCCAUGCUUGGUCAGGCCAAAGACCUGUUUAGCCCAACAUUCAGUUUCUCACGGUGGUCAGCCACUUACAUCCGGAAAGCUCUCAAGGAACUCAUGUGGAUAAUAAUACUUGUCACUAUUCUUUGCCGAUGACAGGAAUACAGGAACAUGCUAUUUCUGAAGCUGGAGGCAACCUAUAGCUAUUACAACUAUCAUCCAUGUGCUUAUCUCUGUCUUCUUUUAAAGUCAUUGUAAGUCAUUUUUGAUUUUCCAAAGAAUGGUUUACCAUACAUCCCGGCAGUUGAUCUGUUUCAUUCUCUUGUAACCCUGGUUCUCAUUGAGGUGGGAAACCUGUGUUUAAGUAGAGUUCAUGAUUACAAACACAGACACAAGCUUCUUCGUAGGGAAUUAUAUGGCAGGGACUUAGGAGAUCCAGAAUUAGUCCCCACUAGGAAAUGCACUGGAUAACAAUUGGACCAGUCACUCUGUCUCAGCCUGGCCCACUUCACAAGAUAGUUGUGAAGAUAAAGUGCAGAAGAGGAUAAAAUGGGAAGAAGAGCCUUGAACUCAUUGAGGGAAUAGUGGGAUAUAAAUAUAAACUUCCUCAUAUAUAUAUAUAUAUAUAUAUAUAUAUAUAUAUGAAAUUGUGUAAGUCCCAUCGUUAAUCUAAAACACUUAUAUUCAAAGCGGUUGGCUGCCAAUCCUUGGGAACUUUCCAGGAAACAAAGAAGUCAGCAGUAGCUAAUGAAGUAAUACCAGCAAACAUGGUACUAGUCCUUCAGCUGAGCAACGCUGGACUAAAUAAAGCACAGAUUCAGAUUUAUCAGUCUGUCUGUUGCAAAAGACAUCCAGUUCUGCACAGAAAGGACUUUCUGCUGAAAGAAUUCACAACAAAUAUUUAAGGCGAUAGUUUGCUUUUCUGUAUAUUUGUAUUAAAUUAUGCACAUCCUGUUUCUAAUUGUUCUGGUUGUGCCCUAAAGUUAAAAGAAUAUUUUGAACCAUGAAAAUGUUUACUUGUGUAUUUAUUUAUUUGUUAUUAAAGUAAAUAUUGCACUGAAUACACAGCACAGAUUUUACUUGGAAGGUAUGAGGGGAGUCCAUAUGUUUUGCACAGGUGCUUUUAGUUGGCAUGCAUUUAUGCUGAACAUGAACUUUCAUCUUUUGUGAAAUUUUAUUUCUUGCCUUGUUACCCCAAACUUUCAGAGCUGUAUAAGUUUUAAGACUAAACCUUCUUUAAUAUUGAAAUUUAUAUUAAAUGAAAUCAUAUAAGAUUAUGGAAGAUCUGUUUAUUUAUGCAUUCGUGCUUUCUCUCAGUGUAUAUCUUUAAUGUGUAAACUAUAUCCCCAAAGAUCACCAUUAAAAUAACUAUA